AUGGGCCACAGCGACUCAACGAGUUCCACUAAGAGCGGCGACUUCAGCCCAUCCUCUUCUUUCCUUUCUGCACCGCCGCAGCGUGCCUCUAACCUUGCUGGAUCGGCUAUUGCGACGCUGGAGAAACCGGUCCACCACGACAAUCCUGUUGAACCUGUGCGCGUGAAGCUACAAGAUCCUGUCGGGUUGGCAUCGGACUCACUCUGGUCUUCAGUAGGGCUCAAGUCGCGUUCUGCCUUACUAUUCUCUGCCUCGCAGACAUUGGGCGAGCGCCCAGCCAGCUUUGCACUGCGAGCCCCGAGGCUGCAGUCCAGCGCGGACUCGCGCUCGGUGCAUAGUGCCCAGACUACACCACCCAGUGAGUCGGAUGAGGGCGAGGUGGUGACGGUGGACAACCAGAAGGACAACCAAGAUGAACGUGACACCUUAUCUGAGAACGCUGAAGACCUGUCGGCAUCGUGGGGAAUAACGCAGGACAACGGAUCACCGGAUAAUCAGAAGUCAACGUCGCAUGGGCUAUCCCCGAACGUGCAAAGUGCGCUGCCUCAAAACCACGAUCACCGCUCGGCAAAUAUCUGGAAGAACCCCCACAACGACUUCGAAGAGGGUGAUUACAGCUCGACUGUUAGCUCGACUGCUUCUCCUGACAAACUGGGUUUCCAGCGUACAAGCACUCGAGCUACUCCAGCAGGAUCGUCCCGUGGUGAUAAUAGCACUGCCGGUUGUCGCGUUCCCCCAGGAAUGUCGUUGAUUGACCGCAUCCAAGAGGACUUCCCUCGCACGCCAUCACCCGAGUUCGGACUGGUGGACGACAGUUGCUUGCCUGUUCGCAGACUAUCAUUUGGAGGAAGUGAACAAGCUGCUCAGUCCGUCUUCAGUAUCAGCGAAGAAAUGGGGCAACUAAAACUUGGUUCAUAUCAUUCGGCCCCGCAUUACGAUAUGGGUCGUUGCUCGAGCCAUAACUAUGCUUCCGACUCUAGACUUGCUGGGGUGAACGACUACCGUCGUACGUUCGGGAGGAGCGCCAGCGAGCCACCUUUCGGCGAGUCGUACCACGGAUCUAUGAUGCAUGGUUAUCCGUCGUUGUAUAACACGGGUGUGCAAGGACAUCAUAGCUGCCCCGUGGUGACGGGCGCCACGAAGUCUCGAUGGGCUGCUAAUGAGGACGCAUACUCGCUGCAAUCGUCCCAAUUUGGCUACGCACCGUCGGACUUUGCAAGCGCACACGCUAGUCACGGUUCAGGGAUACCAGCCUACUCAGCCUGCUACGCCGGAGAGCAUGACAGUGUGAAACCUGCAGACAAGAUGUUUAGACCUCGCCUGUUGUAUCCUUCGGUAGACCAUUCGCUGUAUGAGCGACAUGACUUCGGAAACUUCGUGCCCCAUCCUCAUCACAUGCUGCACCGACCCAGAGUUGGAGGACCUUUCCGCCGAAGCGAUUUUGAGUACCUGCACCCGAUCGCGCACUCAUACUCGUCGCACAGCCUUCUGGAAGAAUUCAACUUGGCGCCAAAGUCGGAGAAAUGGGGACUGUCUGCCAUCAAAGGACACCUCUUCUCCUUUGCAAAGGACCAGACAGGCUCGCGUUUCAUUCAGCAGAAGUUGGAGAAGGCCGACGAUCGGUUGAAAGCUGAUGCUUUCGACGAGAUAUUCCCAAACUCGCUUCUAUUGAUGACGGACGUGUUUGGGAAUUACGUGAUCCAGAAGUUUCUUGAGUACGGUUCUCUUGAGCAGCAGCAGCUACUGGUGGAAUUGAUGACAAGCAACAUGAUCAGUCUGGCCCUGCAAGUGUACGGAUGCCGCGUGAUCCAGCGAGCGCUGGAAGUGACACAGGUCGAAGAGCAGCUAGCCCUGAUUCGACAGCUGAAGGGUCACGUGAUGAAGUGCGUCGUCGACCAAAAUGGCAACCAUGUACUCCAAAAGUGCAUCGAAGCGGCAUCUUGGAAGCGUGCGACCGAGUGCAAUGGAAUGGGACGCCAACGUUUCGUGACGGGGGAGGACAUCCAGUUCAUCAUCCACAGCUUUAUCGGUCAUGCUGCAGCAUUAUCUAUCCAUUCAUACGGAUGCCGAGUGAUCCAGCGUGUGCUGGAACACUGUGCGCCGGAGCAAAUUCGCCCUUUGUUGGGAGAGAUCAUUUACAAAUGUCGCGAUCUUGUCAAGGACCAGUUCGGCAAUUAUGUCGUGCAGCACGUGAUAAGUCACGGGGAACUGGACCAACGCAACAUUGUCAUGCAAGCAGUGCUGCCUGAGAUUGCGCGCUGGAGCCAGCACAAGUAUGCCAGCAAUGUUGUGGAGUCCUGUUUGGAGCAUGCGACAAAGGAGGAGAUAAGCCAGAUCGUCGAGUUCAUUCUUCAGUGUGACGAGAGCGGAGCAUCGUGUGCACUACUUCCCAUGAUGAAACACAUGUACGGGAACUAUGUGGUGCAAAAGCUGUUGGAGCGCGCGGAUGACCAUGACCGCCAACGCAUCAUCUGUAUUAUUCGACACAACGAAGACUAUUUGAAGCGCUUUACGUUUGGAAAGCACGUGCUAAGCCGGCUAGAGCGCGAGGAGCACACGAACAACUAUUUUUGA